GCGUCUAUAAUUGAAUUUUAAUUGUCUUGAGAAAUCACAUCCUUAUGACAUUUAAAAGCAAUCGAUAACAGCAUAAAUAUAUCGUUUGUUUUGAUUUUCAUUCCUAUAAACAAUUGCAGACUUAACUUUGUGUUAUAAACUAAAUAUUGUAAUUUUUUUGUUUUCAUUACUUAAAUUAAGUAUUGCAUAAAACGUAUAUUAAUUUGACAAGUUUUUCCAAAAAAGUAUUUUGAUGAGUGACAACGAGAAGAACAUGUCUACCGAGGACGACACGGAGGAAAGCUUUUCGCGAUUGCCAUUAAUAAAAACUCGUGUACGGAAAAACCUUGCGGAGUUGCGACAUCCUCGGCAAAAAUUUUGCGCUCGUUGGGAAAAGGAUUUCCCUUGGCUGAAAGCAGAUAAAGUAGACGAAUCUGUGGGAAUAUGCACAGUUUGUAACAAACAUCUUGUAUGUAAGAAAAGUCAUUUAGAGCGCCACCAAAAUUCAUAUAAACAUCAAAGACUACAGGGGUUUGAAUCAUUUGACACAGAAUGCGAACCAUCACAACCAAGUGCCCCAGAGUUUAUGGAAUGUGGAAAACGUGAAUUUAAUGGAGAGGAGCAGGAAUUUAGCCAAGCCAUUGAGUUGGAUCCAGAUUACAAAGUGGACUUUGACCGAGAUUCUGAAAAGCGAUUCAAAAAACACUCUGCUAAGGAUUUGAAAGCAUCACAGAAACAUCAAAAUGCAAAUGGUUCAGAAUCUAAUGAAAGUCAUUCUAAUAGGAGCUUCAAACUAGACCGUUUUAAACUGCUUAAAAGAGUUGACCGAGAUCGAAAUACUCUCAACGAAUAUUAUUUGAUAAGGAGAAAACAGCACUCUCCGCCUAUACAACAAGCUAAGGAUACGUUUGACUUAUUUUUUGAUAGUGUUUGCGCAACUGUAAAAACAUUACCACCGAAGCUGGGGGCAGAAGUGAAGGGUAGAAUUUCGCAAUUGAUAGCAGAGUUUGAAUUACGUGCAAUAUGCGAGAGGGAGGCUCAAGAAUGUAGUAUUACAAUGCCAUCCACAACGACUGAAGGUGCCACAAUGGUAGUAGCUGCCACCACAACACAUCCUCAAGAGGUUACAGCAUCUGUAACUCAGGAGUCAGCAGUAAUUGACCCUAAUACAGGAGUUCCACAUAUUGUUUACUCAUUUCAAACAAAAACAAAUGAAUAAAACACUUUUUAAAACAGAUCAGUCAAAUAUGAUAAAUAAAUUAAUGUCUUAAAAAAAAUUUAA